AAUGGACCCACCAAGUCCAAUGCUCUAUGAGGGGAGACUAACCACCGGCGAGGUGUUGGAGCUCGAGGGAGGACAAUUCUUGCACUACGAGGGGCGGUUGACCACGGGCGAGGUGUUUGACAGCUCGAGGGAGGACAAUGCUGUGUUCACAUUCGAAGUGGGCAAGGGGAAGGUGAUUCGCGCAUGGGAUAUCGGCAUUAAGAGCAUGAAGGUGGGUGAUCUGGCAGAGCUGACGUGUCAAUCAGACUAUGCAUAUGGAGAUGACGGUUCUCCUCCCGAAAUUCCUCCAGGCGCCACAUUGGUGUUUGAAGUGGAGCUCAUGGCAGUUCGCCCCCCCAGAGGCUCUGUCUCCACCGCUGCUGCUGAGAAGGGCCGACUGGAUGAGUUGAGAGCAGAGAGAGAGGCAGCAGCAGCACGGAGGGAGGAGGAGAAGAAGAAGAGGGAAGAUGCCAAAGCUGCUGCAGCUGCUAGGGCGGCUCAACUGAGCGCCAAGGGGACGGGAAAAGGAGGGGGAAAGGGAGGCAAGGGGAAGAAGAAAUUAUUCUUUCUUGCUCGAGGCUCUGUCUCCAUUGCUGCUGCUGAGAAGGGUUGGUUAGACACAUGCAUUGAGCACGGAGCUGAGGGAGCGAACACACAAUAUGGGAAAGGCGGCACUGGUGGUCGUGACAUGCAGAAACAAAGUAUCCGCACGCACCAGUGCUCCAACGCCCACCGGGAUGCACACUUGGCAAUGAAGGCUAAGGAGAGUAAGAAGCUGAGGCAGUCGCUGUUGGCCGAGUACGAAGGGCUCGAUUCGACAACCCUCCACCUCAUCACCGCUCUGAAGAACACCGUCUACACGUGCAGGUCUGAGUCGCUCAUCUCUUCUUACAUCAGAGUCAUCAAGUUGAUGGUGGAUUUGGAGACCCCGAACCUCCCCCUUGAUAAAAAAAAGCAGCUACUUUUCCGAUCCGUUGGCAUCGACCUCGAGAAUAUUGCUGGGAUCAGCACGGAUGACAUUGUUGUGGAAGUGACUUUCCUCUAA